GGAUGCAGAGAGAGCCAUCGGCCAUGCAGACAGGCAAGAGAUACAUAACACACUACGGAGGAAGGAGGGAAGAGGGAAAGGCUGUAUGAGAAAAGGAACAAGCGAUCUGAAUGCCAUGGGGAGAUGGGAGACUAGAGAAGGGUCCAGUCUCAUAGUAUGAACAGGUUCUUUGGCAGUGGAGGACAUGGGAGCCAAGGCGUCUGCAAUGGGCAGCGGUGGGGCCUCCUCUCUGGGUCCGUCUCCAACCCUGGAGAACAUCCAGGCAGCGUACGGAGAAGGGGAGAGCAGCAGGGCCCGGGAGCUGAUCCAGCAAGCCUGCUGUGUGGAGUGUACUGCAGCUAGUCCUCGGCUGGAGGGGCUGCGUCUCCUGUGUGUGGCCACCCAGCAUGGUGAUGAGGAGAGCGUGAGUUACCUCCUCCAUGAGGCCCAUGUGCCCCUGCCCCUGGAGCCAUCGGAGGGAAACCCCGCCAUCCUGGCUGCACACUAUGGACAUGUCAGCCUCGUCAGAGAGCUGCUCGACUCAGUACCAGGUCCGUGUGUCCACAGAGAUCUGUUGAACUGGAUGUUGGUGUCGGCGUGCCAACAGGGUCACCUGGAGGUGGUUAGAAUGUUGGUGCAGGGUUACCAUGCCGACGCUGAGGACUGUGCCAUCCACCAGGAGGAGUUUGCUGUCAUCACGGGGCUGCCUCUCUACGCUGCUGCACGCGCAGGUAAUGAGGAGAUAGCUAGAUUCCUGCUGCAGAAUGGCGCUGGGCUGUCCUCCUACACCCUGAUGGAUUAUCCAGCCUUCAGCAGACUGCUCGUUGAACAACGACUGGUAGAAGAAGCACACACACACACAGAACCAGCGGGAGAAAAGCUACUAUGUGGCCGUUGGUCAGGUCUGAAGCUGCCAUGGUUGGAGCUGGACUGGUUCAUGGACGUGUCGUCCCGUAUCUCCCACCUGGAUCUGUCCUGUAACAGCCUCAGCUCCCUGCCCUCCGUGGUUCCCUGGGGGCUCAUACAGCUCCGGACCCUAGACCUCUCCAACAACCUGUUCAAAGAGCUGCACACAGCACAGAGCUCACAGGAGAUCAUCUGCUCCAGGUGCUGCUCCACAUUCACAGAUAGGUUGUAG